CUACCCCCCAGCCCGCCUCUUGGCAGGAGCAACGCUUCACCGGCAGCGCUAGGCGCCUUGCAGUUGCUCUUCUCGUUUUCUCCUUUUCUUUCUCUCUCUCUCCUCUCUCUCUUUUUUAACUUGCUACGUUCUCUUUCCUUCUUCUAGGGGAGGGAUGCUAAGAAGCGCUGUGCCUCUGUCACCCCAGCUCUGAUUGGAAUACGGCCAGCAGCAGUAAAAGAGAAAAGACCCCCCCACACACACACACAACAAAAAGAAAAGAUCCUGACUUGUUUAAGCAAUGAGAAGCUCUGCUUUCCUGCUGUGCAUUGGAAUCGUAUAUUGCAUUGAAGCGAGGGACUCCGCACCGGUUGCAAAGGAAGAACUGCUGAAAGAUGACACUAUUGCUGAGCUGCUGAAGAAAGAAAAAGAACUUGCACAGGCUCAAAAACUACAAGUGAAGUUUAAUCUUCGCUCCUCCACAGUUCCAGGGGGCGAAGGCUGCUUUCUCUCCAUUGGCCAAGACAAAUGUUUAGAGGACUGCAAAUUCAAUUUGACAGCUAAAACCUUCUUUAUUAUUCAUGGAUGGACAAUGAGUGGCAUGUUUGAAACCUGGUUGGAAAGCCUGGUGGCCGCUCUUCAGGAGAGAGAGAAGGAUGCUAAUGUGGUGGUGGUGGACUGGCUUGGACUUGCCCAUCAGCUCUAUACUGAUGCUGUGAACAACACAAAGGUGGUUGGAAAGGCCGUUGCAAGGGUGCUCAACUGGUUACAGGAAAAGCAGAACCUCCUGUUUGAGAACGUCCACUUAAUUGGGUACAGUCUUGGUGCCCAUGCUGCUGGAUAUGCUGGUAACUAUGCACAUGGAACAAUAGGCAGAAUUACAGGUUUGGAUCCAGCUGGCCCUAUGUUUGAAGGAGCUGAUCCUCAGAGACGUCUCUCCCCUGAUGAUGCAGACUUUGUGGACGUUCUUCAUACGUUUACGAAGGAAACACUGGGUGUCAGCAUUGGGAUCCAGAUGCCUGUGGGUCACAUUGACGUCUAUCCCAACGGGGGAGAUUUCCAGCCUGGUUGUGGAUUAAGUGAUGUUUUGGGAGCAAUCGCAUAUGGGAAUAUUGGGGAUGUGGUUAGAUGUGAACAUGAGCGAGCUGUACACCUCUUCGUGGACUCCCUUGUGAACCAAGAUAAGCAGAGCUUCGCCUUUCAGUGCACCGACUCCAGUCGUUUCAAGAAGGGAAUCUGCCUGAGCUGUCGAAAGAACCGCUGCAAUAGCAUUGGCUACAAUGCCAAGAAAAUGAGGAACAAAAGGAACAGCAAGAUGUACUUGAAAACCAGAGCGGAUAUGCCUUACAGAGUUUACCAUUAUCAGAUGAAAAUGCACAUCUUCAGCUACAAAAGCUUAGGAGAAACAGAACCCACCUUCUCAGUUAUCCUUCAUGGUACCAAUGGCGAGUCUCAACCCCUCUCUCUGGAAAUACUUGAGCAAAUUGGCCUGAAUUCUACUAGCCCCUUCCUGGUCUAUACUGAAGAAGACAUUGGUGACCUCUUAAGGAUCAAGCUCACCUGGGAAGGAUCAUCUCCGUCUUGGUACAAUCUGUGGAGAGAGCUCAAAAGUUACUGGUUCCGACCUGAUAAAUCUUCCAAGGAGCUGCAGAUCAGACGUAUACGUGUGAAGUCUGGGGAAACUCAACAGAAGUUAACUUUCUGUGCAGAGGAUCUUCAGCUGACCAACAUAUCUCCUGGUAAAGAUCUUUGGUUUGUGAAAUGUAGAGAUGGCUGGCCAACAAAAAACCGAACAAGAUCAGCUUUGAAUCUGCACUGAAGGUUUUUCUGAAGACUUGCACAAAAGGACCUAACUAUCCAAAACAUAUGAGAAGACUACUGCAGAAAAUUACAUAGGUGGAGAGACAUUUAUGCAGUUUGUCUUAGUACCACUUACUAUUCAGGACAGAAAACUCUGUCUUGAACCGAUGCAGGCAAUAUUUCUGGUGAGGAGUGAUCCAUAUGCAUUCAGUUGCUGUCCUAGAAUAACUUAUUAAAAUUACUAAACUCAUCUUACUUAGGGGAGUCUGGUUUAUGUGCAUUAACCUACUUUUCCUGAUCGGUGGUAUGCUCUGCAUAGUCUAUUCCCAAUUGUCCCAGUAAAUUGGGACUAUCAACAAAGUUGAGAUAAAUCUGUGCCUUGGUUCUAGUCUAUGUGCCAUAGAAGUCAAGGGGAAAUUGAUUUAUCUGAUCAGAAUAGCUGAAUACAAAGCUACUGAGAAUGCAUGACCGUGUCUGUAUAGCUUAGGGGGACUACAGAAUCUAAAAUUGCACUAGAUGAUGUGGAAGAAGGGGUAGACCAAACCAGCAAAGGGUAAAAAGUCUAAAGUAGUCUCUCCUAACUUCCAUCUUCUCUCCAUUCUGUCCUUUGCUUUUCCCAGAGACCAUUACUGUAGAUCUGCCGGAUAGUGUAGUACACAUGGCUAAUCUUGUAAAAAAGUCCAAUACUCCAUCCCACUCUGUUCUAUAGAGAAAGCAGAUCCAAAUAUGUACUGAAGUUAUUGGCAGCUACUUUCCUUCAAAAUGUUUGUUCUGAUAAAUGUCAGUAUUUUAUUUCAACAAGGACUAUCCAGUACUUGCUUCAUGCAGAUUGUAUCCUGAAGAAUAUAGAAGGGCAACAGCCAUCUACUUACUGUAUACUUGGAAGAUAUCUGUACUGCUUCAGGCAAACUUGACAUUCAAUGAUAUGUAUUUUGAGGAUGCAUUCACCUCUGCAAACUGAACUUGAAUGCAACUGCAGCAGCAAGGCACAUUUUAAGAUUUUGUGUGAGUAAGUGCACACACAUGCACUUGACGGGGUUUGGGUACUAAAUUAACCUACAACAUAGAACCAUGCUCCCCCCCCCCAAAAAAAAAAAAGUAUUUUAAAGUUAUUUUUAUUCCAUGAUUCCAGAGAAGCUUGGUUUUGUAAUGGAAUUAAUCUAAUCCACUCUGCAGGAAUCUACUGUUCUGACUAGGCCCAAUUCUUGCAGGUACUCUCUGCUUAGGCCAGAGGUGACCUGACUGUCUUUUCAGGGGUGGGGGCAUUUUAAUAUAUUUGGGAUCACUCUUGGCUUUGGUGUUAAAGUGCAAUGCUUUCUACACAAACACCAAAAGCUGCUAUGAGCCUGAUGCUUUAAGUUAUGAAGACCAUCAUCAGCUAGGUCUCUUUAAAGGGCCAACAAGAGUGUGUUAGUUUGGCUUCUUUCUUAGUGUCUCAUUCCAACCAAAGUUAAAAUUAACCAUACACAUUUGGAGAAUAGUGUGAUGUUUGUCUUGGUUAUGUACAGUCUUCAAUAAUUGAAGCCUCUGGUAACUAUCUGUGAUUUGUCGCCCAUAUAUUUAUACAAUGGUCUUGAAGCUCUAUUUGUAUAUUACGGUUUUUGUACCACGUGGAACGCUAUUUAUUUCUCAAAUGUACAUAUGUAAAAAGUUUAAACUUUGCUUUGGAGUAACAGUUUUUAUAAACUUUAAGCAGAAAAAUAAACAAGUCUCUUGUAGAAAUAA